AUUAGAGAAAUCAAUAGUGAUGGAAGAUGUGAAGGUGUUUGGACUAUGGGCAAGUCCAUUUACCCAAAGGGUUGUUUGGGCACUGAAAUUGAAGGGUGUGAGUUAUGAAUACAUUGGUGAAGAUCUUGCUAACAAGAGCAACCUCUUAUUGCAACACAAUCCAAUCUACAAGAAGGUUCCAGUUCUUGUGCAUAAUGGAAGAGCAAUAGCAGAGUCAAUGAUAAUUCUUGAAUACAUUGAUGAGACAUGGCCUCAGACACCUCUAUUGCCUCAAGAUGUUUACCAUCGAUCUAAUGUUCGUUUCUGGUCAAAAUUCAUCGACCAAAAGACAGUAGACAUGAUGAAGUUUUUUGGGUAUGAUGGAGAAGUACAAGAGAGAGCAAUGAAAGAGACUUUGGAAACUUUGAGAGUGAUAGAAAAGGAAAGUGGGCUUGCUGAAAACAAAUUCAUGGGUGGCAACACAAUUGGACUGGCAGACCUUGCCUUGGGUUGGGUUGCACAUACUUUGGUUGCCAUGGGAUAUGUGAUUGGAGUCAAGUUCAUCACACCUCAUGCCUUUCCUAACCUUCACUCUUGGAUGGCCAAUUUCUUGCAAAUUCCUCUUAUAAAACACAAUCUCCCACCUCACCACCUAGCAAUUCAGUACUUCACACAAAAGAGGGAGAUGUUUCUUGCUAUGAUUAAACAAGAAGUUACUCAUCAUUAUCACCAUCAUCAUCACAAUCACCACCAUCAUUAA